UUCCAUCUGAAACAGGGAGAGCAGUCAGCUCCUUCAUAUAAGGUCAGAGGAGUUUUUAUCUGUGUGGGUUUGAGUUUGCAUUGGAAAUGUUGUUAUCUGGUGUCACAGCCUUUUUCUUCAGGAGUGGACGCUCCUCCUCAUCACACGAAGCUUUGACUGUACGGCUGACAAAGGAGGGAGCUCUGGGAGCUCUGGGAGCACUGGGAGCUCUGGGAUCUGUCAGAGAAGACCAGCAGCAUUGUUCUGUCCGCUGACAGCUGAAGAUGCUGCUGCAGUCAAAGAAGGAUCUGACCUGCACUCUGUGCUGCGACAUCUUCAGCGACCCGGUGAAGCUGGAGUGCAGCCACAGCUUCUGCAGCGGCUGCCUGCAGGCGGACUGGGCCCAGAAGAGAACCCGGCUGUGUCCGCUCUGCAAGGAGGCGUCGCUGCUGAGGGACCCGCCAGCCAACCUGGUGAUGAAGAACCUGUGUUUCGCCUUCUUCCUGGGCAGAGGUCAGAGAGGUCCGGCCGGGUCGGAGGCCCUCUGCGGUCUGCACUCCGAGCAGCUCAAGCUGUUCUGUCUGGACCACGAGGAGCCGGUUUGUCUCGUCUGCAGAGACUCGAAGGCACACAGCGGCCACAGCUUCAGACCGGUCCAGGAAGCCGUCCAGGACCGCCGAGACCAGCUGCAGAACCAGCUGGAGCCCCUGAAGGAGAAACUGACCCGGUUCAGAGAGGUUCAGGGAAAAUGUGAUGAAACUGCAGAACACAUUAAGACCCAGGCUGACAGAAUAGAGAGGCAGAUUAAAGAGCAGAUUAAGGAGCUUCACCAGUUCCUGCAGGAGGAAGAGGAGCAGAGGGUCCGAGCUGUGAGGGAGGAAGAGGAGCAGAAGACGCAGGCGAUGAAGGAGAACAUGGAGGCCCUGAGGAAGAACAUGGAGGAUCUUUCAGAAACCGUCACAACAGCAGAAGAAGAGUUCAGAUGUUCUGAGGAUGUGUUGCUGCUGCAGAACUACAAGGCCGCAAAGGGAAGAGUCCAACAGCGCCCCCCGCUGGACGAGCCGCAGCCUCUCCCAGGAGCGCUGCUGGAUGAGGCCAAACAUCUGGGCAACCUGAACUACAACAUCUGGACCAAGAUGAAGCGCUUGGUCUCCUUCUCUCCGCUGGUUCUGGACCCAAACACGGCCGAACCGCACCUGAGCUUGUCUGCAGAUCUGAGGGCGGUGACGUUUGGGCCGAGACGGGAGCUUCCUGGUAACCCAGAGAGGUUUGAGCAGCGCCACUGCGUCAUCAGCCACCAGGGCUUCAGCUCUGGGACGCACAGCUGGGAUGUGGAGGUCCAAACCGAGGAGUUCUGGGGUGUGGGCGUGCUGUCAGAGUCCGUCCCCAGAAAGGGACAGAUUCAGGCCGGGUUCUGGGGGAUCUGUCUCAGCGAUGGCAGCUACGCAGCGACCUCCUGCGCGGUUCCCAGCACAGCUCUGCCAGUGACGAAGCUCCACAGGAUCCGGGUUCUACUGGACUGGGAGGAAGGAAAAGUUUCUUUUUUUGACCUCGAUGCCGACAAUCAUCUUCACACCUUCACACACAAUUUCACUGAGAAGCUGUUCGCCUACGUUUGCACCAAGAAUGCAUCUCCACUGAAGAUACUGCCUGCAGCAAGAUGCCCUGAUGAACCACUUUAAGCUGACGCAAUCAGGCAGAGAAAGCAGGAUGCAUGUUUUAUUAAAGAAACAGGAUCAGUUUUAUUAAGUACAUUUAUUAAAUUUAUCAGUAAAAGAUGCUGAAAUGCAAAUAAAUCCUUAAUAAAUACACAUUUUAAAGUUUAGGUAGAUUUUUGGGAUCAAGCUUUUGGAAGGUGAAGUUAUUUCUGUAUUUUCUCUGUGUGACAUUAAACACAUUUUAACUAAAUAAAGUUAAACUCCUGUCA